AUGCUCUAUUCCUCUCUGUUUUCCGGUCUCUCUUGGUUGACUUCAGUCGAGAUCUGGCCAUGUUCGACCACCACCGGAAUGGGAAGGAAUUCAGGACACAUUUGGAGGAAACCCUACCGGAAUGGAGGGACAAGUAUUUGUCGUACAAGCCUAGCUUCUCAAGAAUAUUCGCCCGACAAUCCUCCGCCAGGAGGCACCCUGCCGGAGCUUCGCGACUGGUUCGUUGGGAUUCUAAACAAGGAGCUCGAAAAAUUCAACGAUUUCUACGUCGAUAAGGAGGAGGAAUUUAUUAUCCGCUUCCAGGCAUUAAAGGAAAGAAUUGAACUAGUAAAGGCCAGAGUAGGUACAUGUGGGGUGUUUACCUCGGAGGCUGAAUUUAGCCGAGAGAUGAUGGAGAAACGUAAGGACUUUGUUGCCAUUCAUGGCGAGAUGGUCCUUCUGAGGAACUACAGUUCCCUCAACUUUGCUGGACUGUUUUCGUCCUCUUUCUGUCGUUUUGUUAUCCCUAUGUGCAAUUUCUGGUCGCACUUGACCACCACUGCCUCAGAUCCUCCGCCUCCACCGCCAAUGACCCAUUUAUGUCCUUGCUAUAGGGACUGGGACACCAUACAUCCUUAA